GCCUUGUAGUUUUCCCGGGGUCCCGACGACUCCUAAGCCCGAGGCAGCCCUUCCCGCCCCGCCCCGAGCCGCGUCCACUCCGGGGGGCGCGCGGGCCCGCAGCCGCAGCCCCGGGAAGAGGAGGUACCGGAGGUGGGGCGCCCCCCCGACCGGCCCGCCUCCCCCGCCGGGGACGCCACCGGGCGGCGGGGCGCGGCCGAGCGAGCCACGCGGAGGCUUGUGGGGCGGAGAGCGCCCCUGCAGAUGGACACGCAUGGAGGCCGGGGGCGGGGGACUCCAUGUCCCGGCAUGCCCCGCGGCGGGCGCGCCCGGCCGCCGCUCCGGGCUUGGCCCCGGCCCUAGCUCGUCGGCGGUGUGCUAGGGCGCGAGGAGGCUGCAGGCACGGUGGCGCCCGCGGGGUCGGAGGAGGGAAUGAGUGAAGAGGAGCAGGGCUCCGGCACGACCACGGGCUGCGGGCUGCCCAGUAUAGAGCAAAUGCUGGCAGCCAACCUGGGCAAGACCCCGAUCAGCCUUCUGCAGGAGUAUGGGACCAGAAUAGGGAAGACGCCUGUGUACGACCUUCUCAAAGCCGAGGGCCAAGCCCACCAACCUAAUUUCACCUUCCGGGUCACCGUUGGCGACACCAGCUGCACUGGUCAGGGCCCCAGCAAGAAAGCGGCCAAGCAUAAGGCAGCUGAGGUCGCCCUCCGGCACCUGAAAGGGGGGAGCAUGCUGGAGCCGGCCCUGGAGGACAGCAGUUCUUUUUCUCCCCUAGACUCGACGCUGCCCGAGGACGGGCCAGCGUUCGCCGCGGUGUUGUCGGCGACUUCUGUCCCAUCCGUGGUCCUGACCAGGACUCCCCCCAUGGAGGUGCAGCCCCCCGUGUCCCCUCAGCAGUCUGAAUGCAACCCUGUCGGUGCCCUGCAGGAGCUGGUGGUGCAGAAGGGUUGGCGGCUGCCCGAGUACACAGUGACCCAGGAGUCGGGGCCAGCCCACCGCAAGGAAUUCACCAUGACCUGCCAAGUGGAGCGCUUCGUGGAGAUCGGCAGCGGCACGUCCAAAAAGCUGGCGAAGCGGAACGCGGCGGCCAAGAUGCUGCAUCGGGUCCACAUGGUGCCUCUGGAUGCCCGGGAGGGGACGGAGGCCGAGCCGGACGACGACCAUUUCUCCAUUGGCACGGGCUCCCGCCAGGACGGGCUGCGGAGCCGGGGCCCGGGCUGCACCUGGGAUUCUCUGCGGAACUCGGCCGGGGAGAAGAUCCUGUCGCUCCGCAGCUGCUCCCUGGGGGCCCUGGGCGCCCUGGGCCCUGCCUGCUGCGGCGUCCUGGGCGAGCUGUCCGAGGAACAGGCCUUCCACGUCAGCUACAUGGACAUUGAGGAGCUGAGCCGGAGCGGGCUCUGCCAGUGCCUGGUGGAGCUGUCCACACAGCCGGCCACCGUGUGUCACGGCUCCGCAGCCACCAGGGAGGCCGCCCGCGGAGAGGCCGCGCGCCACGCCCUGCAGUACCUCAAGAUCAUGGCAGGCAGCAAGUGACGCCCCAGCUGGACUCACAGACGCGCGACCUUGCCCUGGUGCCCCUGCCCGCACGUCUGCCGAGCUCUGGCACCCAGGGAGGUGCCGUUUCUACCUCUGACCAGACUGUCUGCUGUGCAGGCCGCCGGCCCCGGACGCGGGACCAAGAGGCCCUGCUGGCCCCGGACCUUCCUUUCACUGUGGGAGGCUGGGCUCCUCCUGCGGGCCCAGAAUAAACCUGCUGCACUUGGA